AACAUGACCUGCGAACCCAUCCAGUCCCUCUCUCCGAGGCUCACCGUGGCCAGGAGAAAGGAGGCACUCGAGCUCAGGAAGACCAUGAAGCCGCUGAUGGAAAAAAGAAGGCGCGCGCGCAUCAACGACAGCCUCGACCACCUCAAAAACCUCAUCCUCCCUCUGACCGGCAGAGAUAAAAAUCGCCACUCCAAACUGGAGAAAGCCGACAUCCUGGAAAUGACGGUGAAAUUCCUCAGCGACAUCCCGCCCGUUAACACGAAGGCAGGCAGCUAUAAAGAAGGCUACAAAGCCUGUCUGCAGCGCGUCUCCGCUCUGCUCCCCAACACCACGCUGGACCAGGACUCCUACCGGCGGGUGAAGGACUUCAUCCAACAGUCCAUGUCUGCGACCAUCACGCCAGCCUGUCAGAACUGCUGCGCCCAGAGCUCCCGGACUUUCCCUCAGAUCCAGCAGAGACUCCUCAGCCUCAAGAACAGCUUCAGCUCCAGGACUGAAAACCAGUCGCGCAACGACGCGGCCCCCAACCGCGUCCCGCCGGGGCCCCAAGCAGUCUCUCCUGGCAUGUGGAGGCCUUGGUAG